GUGCGGAGCUGAGGUAGACUGACAGACAGGCAUCAGACACUACAGGAUCAUCGUCUGGGUGGGUCGUCUACUUUCCCUCGUAGGCUACAAUUUAUAUUUCCUGGAAAUUUAAUUUACUUAUGACCACAUAAAGUUUCCUCCAACACCGAUAAGACUGACAACGACUCCUGCCACCAUUGGUUUAGCUGUAAGAAAUCGCCUAGUUAAUCAUCAAAAAGAGUUAAUCUUUCAAUAGGUGUAGAGGAUAAGAUGGAGAUUGAACAACCGACAACGGUGGCGAUGGCGGGGGACGACUCUUCCUGUGGCAGCAGUGACUCGCUUCAGUCGACUCCCCAAAAAACUGAGACGUCUGACGACUCUGACCACCUUAGUUUUUUCGAGUUUCGGAGAAGGUUAUAUAGAUCUGAACUCAUCGUGGACACUUUCGAUGAAAAUGGCGAGCCAUAUUCUCCUAACACUUAUAAAAUGUGGAUACGUUAUUGUACCAAGAUGGAGAUGCAGAAGAAAAAUGCACAAUCCGCUGGUAAAGAGAAGGACGCCAUGACGGAUGCUUCAGAGGAGUCUGGCGAGCAACAAGUCCUUGCAUCAGCCCCGCAAACACUUCCAGGAUUUCAUUACCGUCAAGAUACUCGUGACGUGGUUUAUGACGAUGGAAAUGGUCAUGUUCUUCUUGCCACUCGAGGAACAUGGAUUCUCAACGAGAAGGAUGAACUUAUGUGUGGCUCUGUUCCUAUGACUUCUAUAACUGCCACACAUGGGCCAGACGGGCCAGUGUUCAACCCAUUUCUCAAGUACUGCGGCAGUAUUGGGGAGCCUCGAGUCCACGAUGUCAAUAAAAAGAUGCGAAACAGAUGCUACAGUGAUUCUCAGAAUUGUACAGGCUCAAACACAGCGGGCAGCAUUAAUAGUGAUUCUGGGAUUGAAUUUGACGUUGAUUUGGAACCUCUUGCGGAUACUCCUUCAUCUCGAGAAGACUUUAAGCCAUCGCUAAACUCCACGCCGCAUGGGAAUAACUAUUAUCCCAUUCCUUCCAUAUUAGUAAAAAAGUUAAAAAUGCUUGACACUCGCUGCAAGAAUGAGGAAAAAAGUAAGGUAGGGAAAAAAGGUGGUGAAAAUGAGAAUGGUGGAAAUUUAUGACGAGGAAUGCUCAAUUAUUAGACGUUAGCUAUAAUAUUGUAGAUGGAAGAAUUUCUCUACUUCUAGGUCUAUUUUUUACCGUAAAAUUUCUAUUUAUGGCCGGGUCAAGUCAACGUCAAUAUUUUCUUUAUUGACCGAACGGUCUCUAAUUUUAGUUGGGUGUCAUAUUUUUCUUGGUCGCUGGAAAGAAAGCCAUCGACUUGAGAAUUUCAAAGAUAUGUUAACUUUCACGAAUCCUAAAAAGUUGUACUUUCAAAAAUUAAAAUUUUAAAAUAACGAUUGUUGUAUGUACUGAAAUAUCCGUAUCAUGUUUUCAUCUAAAUAAUUACCUAAAUUGCGCCAAAAUUCGAAAACUUUAAAUUUGUGGGCUAUAAGUUGUUUUUUUAAACCAAACACUUUAGCCUUAAUUAUUUCUGGGUCUGAAGUUUAAAUUUUUAAUGCACCCUGUAAAAAUCAGAGAAUUAAAUCAUGCUAAGCAUUAAGGGUACAAGGAUUGCAUUUUGAAAUAUAAUCUGGGUUAUGACCGUGGUUUGUUUCAAACCAGACAAAUUUCAGUUGGUUAAGAUACUUAAAAUUUAAUUUUGGCCGAGGGCAUAAAUAGAGAUUUUACGGUAUGUAAGACUAGAUUAAAAAUAUAUUUAUGCAAAGAUACAAUCCUUUUCAAUCUUUAUUUCGACUUGAAAAUGUCAUGAAAAUGAAUGAUUAUCGUUUUUACAAUAGUAAUGAGACUAUAUUGAAUCUCGCUUCCUUAUACUUUCCUUUAUAUGAAAUUAUCUCUUUCAUAAAUAGUUGACUAGAUGAAAAAAUUUUGAUAAUUGCUAAAAUGAAUAUCAACACAUUACUAGAAUAAUUUAUGUUUGCCAAAAGACAUGAGACAAUUAUUUCGUCAGAUUAUAUAACGAGUAUUAAUUAAGUAUGUAAUACUGCGUAAUGUUACAUACAUGUUUGGUAUAAAGCUCAUUAAAUAAAUAUUUAUUUAAAAUUGUCAAAA